AUGGCAACAAUUCUGUUUUUAUGGCAUAGCAUACACUCCUUCCGAACACCUCGAUUGUAUAACACUCAUGAACCACCGAGAUUAUCUUUAGCAGUCAAUCACCAAGAAGGACAUGAAUCUAGCCAGACGUUCCUUGCUGCUUCGAGCAGCGGUACGAAUCAACCAACCGCUGAUGUUGUCGACGAAAAUAAUUAUCUCGAGGAGCAACCAAUGAAACUGCCUUCUAGAAUCUCAGAACUCGCAUCUUGUCCUCGGGCUCCAAACCUGUACACCAAUCACCUGAGGCUACCCAAUGCAUUGUACAACAUAUCGAUGAAUCCUAGAGCAGGUACUGAUGAUGAAACGCGCAUUUUCUGGAACCCAACUAUAAUCGCUUUGCCAUCCUGGGCUAAGAAUCAGUACAUUGUUGUUUCCAUGGUCACGCCUGAUAGAGACCCCUUAAGGCGAAAUGUUAUCUGCGAAGCCAACAUCUGCCAGUCAAAUUCUAACAGCUCUCAAGCAACACUACGGAAAGCCUGCUCUGGGGAAGAAGUUCUGUCAUCACGGUUCAAGACAACCUUAUGCUGCGAAUCUCCUCCGCGUGAGUUGAUAGUACCAGCAACUCCUGCUUCUGCGUGCGAGGGAAAGGAGCAGAUAUUUGCAGAUAUACCGGGUUUCCAUGAUCCUCGAUUGUUUUAUUCGGCUCGAGGGGAACCUAUUUUGAUGAUUUCAUCCCACGUAUUUUCAUCAUCGCCUAAGAGGCUUGGGGCGGGACCGUUGGUGUCGUAUCCGACCAUCACCGAGUUGACCAGGAAUCCAGAAUCGUCAAGAGAGUCAUACGAGAAGAAUUGGGUUAUGUUUUCAACUAGCCCAUCUACCUCCUACAUACAAUACGAACUGAAUUCUACUAUCCGCACAAUCGCGAAACUAAUUGGCGGAGGCCUUACAACUAGUAACAUCACCAGUCCUUUAGAAGAAUCCUGUCUUUCAGAUCCGACUCCGGAAGAGUUAUCGAGCGGAAAAUAUACCUUAAUGACAACCUGGCACCAGGCUACACCAUCAUUGAAACUGAUUCUAUGCUCACGCUCCAAUCUGUCUUGCCACGAUGAGCCGGAGAUUACAGUAUUCAUUACAGUCAUUCAUCGAAAGGUGUUCGACAUCUUCCAGCUACCAGCAAGAUAUGAAAGGUUCAUGGUCAUAUGGUCUGCAACUCCACCUUUCAAUGUCCUGGCAGUCAGCAAACAUCCUUUGUUGUUUGCAAAUGAGACAGUCCACGGGUGGACAGCCGAAGAAUCCUGGGACGACGUACCAAAUGUAGAGCCAGAGAAUCGCAAGCAUUGGGCUAGAUUCACAUACACUACGACCAUUGGGUAUGUAUGGGGAAGUGAUAAUGGCGAUAUAAGAAAUAUGGGUGUGGGAUACCUUGAUGAUGAGGUUUUAUUAAGUGUGGGCGUUGAAGAUGAAGGUCAAGUUUACGGAACGGUCGUGGUGUCUGAUCUUUUGCGAUGCUUGAGGAUUUGUCCUGGAUUUUUGUGA